GGCUCUCGUCGUGGCGCGCCGGGCUCCCGCGUGCUUUCGGAGGCAGUCGGGGAGUCACCUUCAGGCCAUUCAGAGGAGGGAAGAGUGGGAAAUAUGAAGUCAGCCAAGCCCCAAGUGAGCCACAACCAGCACGGGGAAAGCCAGCUGGCCCCGAGCCCCCCGCAGUCUGCUCUGAGUUCUGCUGCGUCUCCUUCCCAGGCAUACGAGACCUAUAUUGAUAAUGGACUCAUGUGCCUUAAACACAAAAUUAGGAACAUCGAGAAGAAGAAGCUCAAACUGGAAGAUUAUAAAGAUCGCCUAAAAAAUGGAGAGCAGCUUAACCCAGACCAGCUGGAAGCAGUGGAAAAGUAUGAAGAAGUACUUCAUAAUUUGGAAUUUGCCAAGGAGCUUCAGAAAACCUUUUCUGCACUGAGCCAAGAUCUACUGAAAGCACAGAAAAAGGCCCAGAGAAGGGAACAUGUACUAAAACUCGAGGCUGAGAAGAAAAAACUUCGAACUAUACUUCAGGUUCAGUAUGUGUUACAGAAUUUGACACAAGAACGUGUACAAAAGGACUUCAGAGGGGGCUUAAAUGGUGCACUGUGUCUGCCUUCACAAGAACUAGACUACCUCAUUAAAUUCUCAAAACUGACCUGCCCUGACAGGAAUGGAAGUCUGAGUGUUGAAGACCAGAUGGAGCAGUCGUCCUUGUACCUUUGGGACCUUUUGGAAGGCAGUGAGAAAGCAGUGGUAGGAACGACAUACAAACAUGUGAGAGACCUGCUGUCUAAACUGCUGAACUCAAGUUACUUUGAAAGUGUCCCAGUUCUCAGAAAUUCUAAGGAAAACGAGGACGAAAUGAUAAUGCAAUCAGAAGAGAGAAGACAGCUACUGAAGACCGAGUCUUCCAAAGAGCCAGAAUCUCUUAUGGAAGUUGUCCAGCCAGAGAUACAACCACAGGAGUUUCUUAACAGACGCUAUAAGACAGAAGAAAAUUAUCCAAGAAAACAAAAAACCGAGGAACACUCUUGGGAAGCAGAUCUUGUUAGGAAGCCAAGUCUCCUCAAAUGCUGGGAUGUGCUUUCAGAACCAGACGGUCAAGAGAAGAAGCAGGGGUCCUGGGACUCCUGGGGGUCUUCCCUUAAUUCCCAGAAGGUAUCGAAGCUUGUGGUUUCCUCAAAACAGGGGAAGCUCAGGUCAGCGUUGCAGGAAGAGCAGAAGCAGCAGAUUUCUGUGGCACCGGUCAGUCAGUGCCAGCCAGAGACCCCAAAGUCCAAAGUGGGCAGCCCUCAAGAACAGCAGGACAUACAGGGUAUGCCAAAGCCAUGGGUGGUUCAGCCACAGAAAGAACAAGACUCAAAGAAGCGACCUCCUGGCUCCUGGACUGUAUCUGUGCAGAGUGGGCAGAGCGGCAGCAGAUCCCAGACCACUCCUGUGAGCAGAGAACAGGCUCCAACACAGUCUGGGACUCCAGUAUCUUGGGAAAACAGUUCUGAGAACCAGAAGCACUCCUCAGUCCCACAGUCAGAGAUUUCUCUAAAGCCGUGGGCAGCAGCUUCAGCAGGCCUCUCACCAAAUGACAAGGUUCUGCCCAGGAAGUUAAAUGCAGAACCGAAAGAUGUGCCUCAGCCCGUGCCUCAGUCUGUAGACUCUUCCUCUCCCUUUCCAAAGGGUCCAGUAUUGAGGGAAGAAAAACUGCAGGACCUUAUGACCCAGAUUCAAGGAACUUGUAACUUUAUGCAAGCGUCUGCUCUAGACGUUGACCAACCCUCAAGUGCAACUUCAUCAUCGCAGCCGUCUUCAGCUUCUCCAGUCUCUAUAGUAUCUGCAGAACAAAACUUGUCCAGUCAAAGUGAUUUUCUUCAAGAGCCAUUACAGGCUGCUGCUUCUCCACCUACGUGUAGCUCUAAUGCUUGCUUGGUUACUACUGAUCAGGCUUCUUCGGCAUCUGACACAGAGUUCAUGACCUCAGAGACCCCUGAGAUGGCGGUGGCCCCCUGCACGCCAGCCUCUCCUGCCCUAUCAGAGGGCGUCCAGGUACCUCCUGCAUGUGGAGGCGCGGCAGCCAUCAGCACAGCGCCCCUUCAGGCUGUGCAGACAGUAUUUAAUGUUAACGCACCUCUGCCUCCACGGAGAGAACAAGAAAUGAAAGAAUCCUCUUAUUCACCUGGCUACAGUCAAAACUUUACUUCAUCGAGUACACAGACAGUCUCCCAGUGUCAGCUGCAAGCUGUACACAUAGAUCAGCCAGCCCAGCCUCCAGAUACUGCUUCAGGUUACCAUCCUGAUGGAACUGUUCAAAUAAGCAGUGGCGGCUUUGCCUUUUACCCAGCACCGACAAGUAUGUUUCCCAGACCUGCUCAGCCAUUUAUUAGUAGUCGAGGGUCUGUGAGAGGAUGUGCACGUGGAGGGAGGUUAUUAGUGAAUCCCUAUCGGUCUCCUGGUGGCUGCAAAGGCUUUGAUAGAGGAGCUCCUCCAGCUUCUGACGGGGACUUCAGCCGGCUGCAGCUGCGAGCGAGAGAGGAGCCUGGAGCACCUUACUCCCAAAGGGAUAAUUUCCAGCAAUGUUAUAAAAGAUCAGGGACAUCUAGUGAUCUUCAGACAAAUUCAAGAGCAGGGUGGAGUGACUCCUCUCAGGUGAGCAGCCCAGAGAGAGACAGCGAGGCUUUUAACAGUGGAGACUCUGGGAGCAUGACCCCUGUAGACGUGCCAGUGACAAGCCGAGCAGCCACCAUCCUGCCAGUAUUCGGCCAUCCCCUGCCUCAGCCAGUACACAGCUAUCCCCUGCCUCAGCCAGUACACGGCCAUCCCCUGCCUCAGCAAAUGCGAGUUGCCUUCUCAGCAGCCAGAACGUCCAAUCUAGCUCCUGGAACUCUAGACCAGCCGAUUGUGUUUGAUCUUCUUCUGAACAACUUGGGAGAGACCUUUGAUCUUCAGCUUGGUAGAUUCAACUGCCCAGUGAAUGGCACGUACGUGUUCAUUUUUCACAUGCUAAAGCUGGCUGUGAAUGUACCACUGUAUGUCAACCUCAUGAAGAAUGAGGAGGUCUUGGUGUCAGCCUACGCCAAUGAUGGUGCUCCAGACCAUGAGACAGCAAGCAACCACGCCAUUCUCCAGCUCCUCCAGGGAGACCAGAUUUGGUUGCGCUUACACAGGGGAGCGAUCUAUGGAAGUAGCUGGAAAUACUCUACAUUUUCAGGCUAUCUUCUUUAUCAAGAUUGAAAUUCAGUUCCUAGUAAAAGAAUGAUCUAAGGAAAGGUAGUCUUCGCCCUGGUGAUUGACUGGUUUGGGAAAAUAUUUGUUUCUAGAGAAAGAAGGAGGUUCUUAUUUUUUGUUUUCCUCUUUAUGUAAAGACUUUGAAGCGGAGUGACAAUUAGCACUAAUCUGGCACUUUAUAAACUGUGAUGUAGCCUUGCUAGUCACACAGUGAGUGUGCAUUGUUUGCACUCAGCUGGGUUAAUGGUCAGCUUACUGAAGUGACUGCCUCAACUUCAGACAAGUUACAAUGCCUUGUUGUGCCUCAAUAAAAAAACUUAA